UAGUGUUGGUGUUCAUUCUGAGUAUAGCAUCGUUGGUCAUCUACUUCAUUGACGCGUCCAGUGAGGAAGUGGAGCGCUGCCAGAAAUGGAGUGACAAUAUUACUCAGCAGAUCGACCUUGCCUUUAACAUAUUUUUUAUGGUCUACUUUUUUAUACGAUUUAUAGCAGCUAGUGACAAACUAUGGUUCAUGCUCGAGAUGUAUUCAUUUGUAGAUUAUUUCACAAUACCCCCCUCCUUUGUAUCGAUAUAUCUGGAUAGAACGUGGAUAGGGCUAAGGUUCCUCCGAGCUCUCCGUUUGAUGACCGUGCCUGAUAUUUUGCAGUACCUCAAUAUAUUAAAGACAUCGAGUUCGAUACGGCUGGCCCAAUUAGUUUCUAUAUUUAUAUCGGUAUGGUUGACCGCAGCCGGUAUUAUACAUUUGCUGGAGAACUCCGGCGACCCGCUGGAAUUCGACAACGCGCAGUCGCUCUCGUACUGGACGUGUGUGUACUUUCUCAUAGUGACCAUGUCCACAGUAGGUUACGGUGACGUCUUCUGUCACACAGUUCUUGGCAGAACAUUUUUGGUUUUUUUUCUGCUCGUCGGCUUGGACAAGCAAGACUUAAAUUUUAAAAUAAUAAAAGGUGAUUUAAUUGUCCGCGAGGACGUAGCUUAUGUAGCAAUUGCGUCAGCAGACGCAAAGCUUGCAGUUCCUUGCAUAUCGAUGCUGAUUGAUAACAAAGCAAAAGGAAAUAAAAUGGAGGCUCGCUACGAGCUAUGUUCUAUAGCUGACGAUGGGACGCAUAUAGUUGUAUGUGGACAUAUAACUUACGAAUCAGUAAGCCAUUUUUUAAAAGACUUCCUACACGAAGACAGAGAGGAUGUGGAUGUUGAGGUUGUUUUUUUACAUAGGAAAGAGCCCGACCUAGAGCUGGAGGGUCUCCUGAAACGUCACUACACCACCGUCGAGUUUUUUCAGGGUACAAUGAUGAAUGCCGUCGACCUUGAACGAGUCAAGGUACACGAAGCGGAUGCCUGUUUGGUGCUAGCAAACAAAUACUGCCAAGACCCUGAUGCGGAGGACGCCGCUAAUAUAAUGAGGGUCAUCUCAAUUAAGAAUUAUUCCGAUGACAUCAGAGUUAUCAUACAGCUUAUGCAGUAUCACAACAAGGCGUAUCUACUGAACAUCCCGUCGUGGGACUGGAAGCAGGGCGACGACGUGAUCUGUCUGGCGGAGCUGAAGCUGGGCUUCAUCGCGCAGAGCUGCCUCGCGCCGGGCUUCUCCACCAUGAUGGCCAACCUCUUCGCCAUGAGGAGCUUCAAAACGUCCCAGGACAUGGCUAUAUGGACUAAUGACUACAUGCGGGGAACGGGCAUGGAGAUGUACACCGAGACUCUUAGCAGUACCUUUGUGGGGAUGCCGUUCAAACAAGCGGCAGAGUUAUGUUUCACGAAACUAAAGCUGCUGCUACUAGCUAUCGAGAUCAAAGGGGAAGAAGGUGCUGACAGCAAAAUCUCAAUAAACCCGCGCAACGCCAAGAUCCAUGCUAACACGCAAGGAUUCUUUAUAGCGCAGUCCGCUGAUGAAGUCAAAAGGGCGUGGUAUUAUUGUAAGGCUUGUCACGAAGACAUCAAGGAUGAAACCCUUAUCAAGAAAUGCAAAUGCAAAAACUUGGCCACAUUCAGGAAAGGCGUACGAGCCGUCCAGAUGGUCGGAAGGGCAAAUGACCACCAUCCUCCCCCCACCUUCACGCCGCCAGAGUUGCCCAAGAAGGUCCAUGUUCGAGGUGAAGUCGCAAGAGAAAGAGGCGAAGAUAUUAGUUUAAUAAACCGCAACCAUCGUAGUGCGGCGCCGACAGCUCUGCUGUCUCCGAUGGCGAACCAGCUCGCCAACACCACCACGAGGCAGGUCAACAAGGUCAAACCGAACGUCAACAGAGCGCCCCCGGACACGCCGACGAGUCGAAGUAGUGGGGGCAAUCAAAACAGCAACGGCGUGAGUUUGCCAGCGGGCCUGGCGGAUGACCAGUCGAAAGAUUUCGACUUCGAAAAGACUGAAAUGAAAUACGACUCCACUGGAAUGUUCCACUGGAGCCCCGCGAGAAACCUCGAGGACUGUAUACUAGACAGAAAUCAAGCGGCCAUGACGGUAUUGAACGGUCACGUGGUUGUGUGCUUGUUCGCGGACCCGGACUCACCGCUGAUCGGGCUGAGGAACCUGGUGAUGCCGCUCCGCGCCUCCAACUUCCACUACCACGAGCUGAAGCACGUCGUCAUCGUCGGCAGCGUCGAUUACAUUCGCCGAGAAUGGAAGAUGCUGCAGAAUCUACCCAAGAUAUCGGUUUUGAAUGUAAGCUAUACUGCCAAUGUCAUUCAGUUAAAUGAGAAUAGUGCGCCAUUCUGGCGGGAGUCAACGCCACAAAGUAGUGUAAACGCUUUAUUAUAUUGGUAUAGAUUUAUUAACAUUACGAUUGUUCCUGUCGCAGAACUGGUGAAUGACAGCAACGUGCAGUUCCUGGACCAGGAUGACGACGACGAUCCCGACACCGAGUUGUAUCUCACGCAGCCCUUCGCCUGCGGUACUGCCUUCGCCGUCAGCGUCCUCGACUCCCUCAUGUCCACUACGUACUUCAACCAGAACGCGCUGACGCUGAUCCGGUCGCUGAUCACGGGCGGCGCCACGCCCGAGCUGGAGCUGAUCCUGGCGGAGGGCGCGGGGCUGCGCGGCGGGUACUCCACGCCGGAGAGCCUCGCCAACAGGGACCGCUGCCGCGUGGGGCAGAUCUCGCUGUACGACGGGCCGCUGGCGCAGUUCGGCGAGGAGGGCAAGUACGGGGACCUGUUCGUGGCGGCGCUGCGCACCUACGGCAUGCUCUGCAUCGGCCUCUACCGCUUCAGAGACACCUCCUCCAGCUCCGACGCCAGCAGCAAGCGCUACGUCAUCACCAACCCUCCAGACGACUUCUGCUUGCUGCACACUGAUCAGGUGUUCGUGCUGAUGCAGUUCGACCCCGGCGUGGAGUACCGCGCGAGCCGGCGCGCCGGCGCCCCCGCCAAGGACGACGCCUCCUGACUAUUGCUGUGCAGCGCCCUCACUGACGGGCCCUACUCCUACAUCUAGACCGUAGGGCCCGCCCCACCGACAAUCCUACCCAACCCUACCCACGAACCCUUGCAGCCCAACUACGAUAAAACACAUCAGAUUCAUUGACAGCAUUGCGAUGUUUUUAAUCGUAGAUGUUUUUUUUUUAUUUUGUUUGUAUUAGAUUUGUUACUAGCCCAAUGGCUGUCAGACUCGCAGAGCCCAAAAAAC